GUUAUUUUUAAAACAUUAAAAUACCGGAAGUUGACUUUGCUCAGAAAAAUCCAAAAUGGCGUGGCAACCAGAAGAAAACGGUCUCGGACAAAUUUUACAACUGUUAAAGGAGUCUCAGUCACCUGACAAUGCCACACAAAGAGCUGUUCAACAAAAACUGGAAGAGUUGAACAAGUUUCCAGACUUCAACAACUAUUUGAUUUUUGUCCUCACAAAGUUGAAGAAUGAAGAUGACCCAACUAGAUCCUUGAGUGGAUUAAUCCUGAAGAACAAUGUACGAGCCCAAUUUGAGAAGUUCCCACCUGAAGUUGCCUCCUUCAUAAAGUCAGAAUGUUUGAACAGUAUUGGCGAUCCUUCUCCACUGAUCCGAGCUACCAUUGGUAUUUUGAUCACUACCAUAGUGGCGAAGGGUGACCUUCGUAACUGGCAAGAAUUGUUACCAGCACUAUGUCAGUGCUUGGAUUCAGAGGAUUAUAGUGUUUGUGAGGUAAUGAAUUUUAAUCUUUUUGUGUGUAAUAUUGUAAUGGAGCAUGCCU